AUGACGCAAACUAGGCACCAUGGCCAUAGCCACGGCCACGGCCAUCAUCACCAUCACGACAACACUUACCUGACCUCCACGAACAAACGCGACGCGGGUGUUAGAAUUACAAGGAUUGGUCUCGUGGCUAAUUUGUGUAUGGCGAUUGGAAAGUUCAUUGGUGGUUAUGUCUUUCACUCUCAAGCUCUCAUUGCCGACGCUUACCACGCGCUCACCGAUCUUGUCUCCGACUUUUUGACUCUGGGAACUGUCGCCUGGUCCCUGAAACCUCCGAGUGAACGAUUUCCCAAUGGAUAUGGAAAGAUCGAGAGCAUCGGUGCGCUAGGAGUUAGUGGACUUCUGCUCUGCGGAGGAGUGUUUAUGGGCCUCAACGCAGGACAGGUGCUGCUAGCUCAGUUCUACCCCGAGGCGGCCGAAACAAUAGCUCACUCUGGGGUUUUGGGACACGGUCAUUCGCACAGUCAUGGGCCAAUUGGUCCUAGCAUCCACGCGGCGUGGAUUGCAGCAGGCUCGAUUGUGGUUAAGGAGUGGCUUUACCAUGCCACUAUGAAGGUUGCUGAAGAGCGCAAGUCGUCCGUCCUUGCAUCUAACGCCGUUCACCACCGUAUCGAUUCCCUGACAAGCAUCGUCGCCCUUUCCACAAUUGGAGGAAGCUAUGUCUUCCAAGACGCCACCUGGCUGGAUCCAGUUGGCGGAGUCUUGAUCUCCCUGAUGGUUAUCAAAGCCGGUUGGGCCAACACACGUACCUCGCUUUUGGAAUUGGCGGAUACUACGGUUGAUGAAGAAAUCCGACACUCUGUGGAGGAUGCUGCAUCCAAGGCCCUAAAGGAUCUUGAGGAUGGUCACGAAGUGAUUGUUCGUGACGUGCAGGGCAUGAAGUCUGGUCAAAACUACCUAAUGGAUAUUGAGUUGGCUGUGCCAGGAGCUUGGGCUAUUAGCCGGUCGCGACACAUCGAAGAGGCCGUUCGCCAGGCUGUUGGAUCUGGAGUUCGUGGUGUGAAGCGAAUCAAAGUGCGCUUCAUUCCAGCGGAACAUGAGGAUCUCACAUUCUCGGAUGAAUUCGUUGCACAGGAUAUCAGUGGGGACCCAGAGACAAUUCAAGAUGCUCGGAAGCAGCAAUAG